AUGCAUUCCACCAAAACUGAUACGACAACUUCGGCUGGUUCCUCAGAUAAGACACUUUGGUCUCAUUCUGCUGAUGGAUCUCACUCAUCGGACGGCCAUCCUGUUUUGAGCUUCUACCAUCGUGAAGCUCGUAUUGCAAUGGAAAAGCUCAAUGAAUUCUGCAAGGCACAUGAUGCAACUCCUCAAUCUGUGUGUUUCACUACCUGGUCGAUUGUACUCUACCACAUGGCAGGACAAAGUGACAUUUCUGUGGAUGUUGAAAGUCACUAUCCGAUGGCUCUUGCAGAGCGACCUGAAGGUAGAACAUUCAACAUGACACUAAGGAGUACUACAACACCACUUGAGCUGAUCACCCAGUACAAAGUCUCUGAAAUUUCAUCGUCUAGGGAGACGGCAACUCAGGAACCAAGCAUCUCAAACGUCAAAGACAAGCACAUGUUCAAAAUGAUACAAGAGGCAAAGGUGUUCCAAGAUGAGCUCGAUAGAACAGUUUCCUCUAGCCUUGAUUACGUUUCCUACGCCCAUUUAUUGAUCGAAUCGGAUACUGCUACGCUCAAGUUUCUUUGGAGAAACGACCUCCAAGAUCAGGAAGAAAUAGCCAAUAUCCUCGAUCAUACAUAUAACUGUAUACUUUCCCAGCCAGACGCUUCGAUACAGUCGAUGGGUAGUCCUACUCUGAGACAACUAGAACUACUUUCCACCAAGCCUGAAGCAGACUCAAGCUUCAACAUCCUGGACCUGUUUUGUCUUACAAGUUCCACGUUCCCAUCCAGAACAGCUAUCAAUGCAUGGGAUGGCGAUCUAUCAUAUCAGGAACUUCAGAAUACUUCUGAACGAUGGGCCAAAGCUUUGCUAUCACUUGGCCUGACUGCGGGUGAUAGAGUUAUCCAUGCGUUUGAACAAUCUCGGUGCGCAAUUGUUGCCUGGCUGGCCAUCCUCAAAGCUGGUUGUACCGUCGUGCCGAUAAACCUACCAACGCCAACUGAGAGACUUAGAACUAUCAUAGACUCGACAACAUGCAAAGCAGCGAUUUGUGACACGACCGGCUCUUCACAUAUUGGCCCCAUUUCAUUGCUUUUACUUACCCCAUCCGACCUAGAUGCAAGUGGUAAAGAAGGCAACAUUGAACUCAAAAAAGUCAGUACUUCGAGCAUUGCCGUCAUCAUUUUUACCUCAGGAUCUACCGGCCAACCCAAAGGUGUCGUUCAAACACACGGUGCCAUUGCGAGUAGCCUAGUAAAGGUCACGAAGGUAUUGGGACUGGAUGAAGAAAGCAAGUUUCUGCAAUUCGCUCCGCAUUGCUUUGAUGCAAGUAUCUGCGAGAUAUUCGGCACACUUGUCACCGGUGGCUGCUUGUGCAUUCCAGCCCCUGAUAAGAAGCUAAAAUGCAUCGCCAAAAACAUCAACAGGAUGGAGAUUACCCAUGCCAUCUUGACACCUACAGUUGCAAAGAUGUUAUCGCCAGAUCGCGUGCCAAGCCUCCAAAGUCUGAGUGUAGGUGGGGAGCCUUGUUCUUCGGACCUUCGUGAAACUUGGUCGCCUCAUUUACAGUUCAACAUAUUAUAUGGCGCGACCGAGGGUGGAGUGUGGGAUACCAUCAAGCGUGUCAGUCCUGAUGACGACUUAAGCGCUCCCAGCAUCGGGUUUCCCAUCAACAGCCGCGUUUGGAUAGUGCAUCCAGACGACUGGACUAUGCUCUCCCCUUUAGGGGUUCCAGGGGAGAUAUGCAUCCAAGGGCCAGAAAUCGCUUCAGGCUACCUUGAAGACGAGCAAAAGACCAAGGAAGUUUUCAAGCUAAACCCCCCGUGGCUAGCCACAGAACAAGGCCCUCUGUCAGGUUGCUCCCGGAUCUUUCGAACCGGCGAUCGUGGACUAGUCAUGAAGGAUGGCAGUCUGCGUAUCCUUGGUCGCAUAGAUCGCCAAGUUAAGAUUAACGGCCAGCGAAUCGAACCUGGAGAAAUCGAGGAAACAUUGAGGCAACAUUUACCUGAUCACCUAAAUGUAUUUGUUGACACCUUCACACCUCGAGGAGAUAAAUCAAGGCUAGUUGCGUUUUUCUCCCAUGGAAAGAGCUCUGAGCCUUCACUGAUGCAAGAAACCGACCUGGACCCGGCGGCUCGUGAUGCCAUUCGUUCGUCUCGAGACGUUCUACCUGACAUCAUGGUGCCGUCAGUUACAAUCCCCAUCGCAGCCUUCCCAAUGACCCAAACGAACAAGGUCGACCCUCAAGCAAUUAGGAAACUUGGUACUGCCUUCUUCGAUUCCCAGAAUAUGUCCUCCCCUCUGAGCCAUGCCACUAGAGAUUCAAAAUCUGAGAACAAUAACAGAACAAAGGCCAAAAAUGUCGUCCAAAAGUUCUUGCACGAACUCGGAAAUGGCUGUACAAAAGGCUUGGAAGAUCCUAAAGCUACUUUUAAAGACUUAGGUAUCGAUUCUAUGGAUGCGGUGUCAUUAGCCUCAGCUUUAGAACGGGAAGCGCAUAUCGAUUUAUCUGCAUCCAAGCUCAUGGACCCAAAUUUUCGCGUUGAUGACCUCGCAGACGUGUCUGAAGACGAAGGCAAGGACGGAAGAAGUCUCUUAAACAGCGAGAUCGACAAAUGGACAAAGAAGCUUAGCAAAAUUGGCCGUUCUCGAGGUCAUUGUGUCCUCUUGACAGGCCCUAACGGAUUUCUUGGCCGAGAAAUUCUACGUCAAGUCCUUCAGUGCCGUCUGAAACCAACAGUUACUUGUCUGAUGCGAGGUAAGGAUUACCAUCACGCUCAGGAAAGAUUUUUCAACAGUUGUCGAGAACUUUCUUGGUGGAGUGACUCACUUGAAGAGCGUGUGCAAAUUUGGGUCGGUGAUCUGACCCAGCCUCAAGCCGGUCUUGAUGAGCGCCAAUGGGAUACUAUCUUUGGCCUAAAUGGUCAGCCUCGACAAUUCGAUUUUAUCAUCCAUAAUGGGGCAAUUGUGAACUGGCUAGAGCCUUACGGAUCCCUUCAAAAGACCAAUGUCUUUAGUACACACGAGUUUCUCGCCGGCUUCCUACAAUCACAGGACCCUCCCCAGACUAUUUAUGUAUCUGGUGGCUAUCUGUCUGGUUUUGAAGAAACGCGCGAAGAGUUGGUGGAAAACAUCAGCCAACUGCCUGCCUAUGACCAGACAAAGUUUGUGUCUGAGGUUAUGGUGACGCAUGUACAGUCGAUGAUGGACGUGGGGGGAAGUCGUCUAUGGACAUUCAAACCUGGAUUCAUCGUUGGGUCAACCGAAAAUGGACAUGCUCAGACUGGCGACACGCUUUGGCGUAUGGCCAAGGCAUGCGUCCAAGGUGGAUCCUACAGCAAGGAUGAUGCCUGCAAUUGGAUCACUGCUGCUGGUGUUGAUACCGUCGCAUCUAUGCUCGUUGAUCAGAUGUUGUCACCAGCAUCUGACUCAUGUGCCACGCAAACCCAGAAGCUACUUGAUGGAGUAUAUCUCCAAGAAAUAUGGGAUAUUCUGGAAAUGAUGGAUAUACAUCUUCGGCCUUUAAAACAUGAAGAGUGGUUUGAGGUGAUUCAGAAGGACCUACAAGAAAGAGGCUUCAUGGGGAUAGAGAAGCCAGCAAGUGACAUUGUCAGUGAAGAGAAUUGCCGCAAAUCUCGAGAAGCUAUAGUGAGAAGUUUGGAGUUUUUAGCCUCUUCAGGUUUCUUUAGUGAUGGAAUAAGUUCUACCACUACUUAA